AAGUAGUCACAACCAUAUAUACCAAAGGAUACAAUUAAAAAAAAUGAACCAAUGUAUUUGAAUACACAUAUUGAUAUUAAUGGUGCAUUUAUUACCUAGCUAUGCAUAAGCAAACUUGCGCACCAAAAUGAGCGAGGCAAGAAAAACCUGUUUCCAGGCUCCUUCAGAAGGAAAUAAUACCUUCUCUGAUUAUCUAAUUUAAAGAGACUCUUUAAGAAUCAAAUAAAGAAUAAAAUAAAGGAGUAUUUUAAAAGCUGAAAUACUUUUAAGUGGAAAAUAGCGUUUGGGCACAUCUGAAGAAGAAUUUUAACAACAGAGGAGCUAAAAUGAUAGCCCAAAUGUAAUGAUUAGAAGAAAGAGCUUAAGCUCUUAACGUUGAAGAUGUUUGAGGUUUUUCUCAUUACAAAACAAAAGCAAUAAAACGCUAACCCCAGUUAGACUGCAUAUAGAGGAGUUGAAGAAGCUAUUUGAACCAGCCCAGGAAGUUAUAAGCCAAUGGAAUGUGACACAGACUGAUAUUUGAAUCCUACAAACACCCUGAAAGCGAUGCAUGUUCUUCCUUCAGUGAGAGUGUGGAAAGAAGGUUUGGGGAGCAAUAGAUGGUUCCUGUGCUCCUAUCUUUUAACUUGAACAGGCUCAUCCCAUCCCACAUCUUUGUGUCAACAUCUCUACAAGCCAGUAGCAGCAGCAAGACAGCUGUGAGCAGAGAACAAAAGCAGCCAGAACACAGCAUCAGGAAGAAGCAGCUUCCAGUGCAGCAUUGUGAUUGGGUUCACCACAGCCUCAGCACUAUGAGAUCAAGCUUGUCAAACCACUGCCAUGGCUCCAGUUGGAUGGGACAAUGUCCUUACAAGAGUUAAUCCGGGAGGAUUUCCUGACCUGCAAAAUCUGCUAUGAUCUCUACACAGUGCCAAAAAUCCUUCCAUGUCUACACAGUUACUGCCAGCAUUGUCUGGAACCAGUAGUGAGGGAUGGAUCCCUCCAGUGUCCUGAGUGCCGACUGAAAACAGGUGUCCCAGGAGGUGCCUCAAGUCUGAAAACAAACUUCUUCAUCAACAGCCUCCUGGAGUUAUUCCAGAUUAAACACAACAGGGACUUGGCCUGCACAGUCUGCUCAGAUGCCCAGAAAAUUGUGACUGCCACUGCUCGUUGCCUAGACUGCAAAGAUUUCUUGUGCCAGUCCUGCAACCAGGGCCACUGCUGCUCCCGUCUCACUCUUCAUCACAGGGUGGUGAAGCUGGAGGAGUUUCUUGCUGGGGGAUAUGAUGCUGAGAUGAGGCUGCUGCAGGAGCUGUGCUGCCAGGACCAUCAACAAGAAGCACUCCGAUUCUUCUGUGACACCUGCAGCACUCCCAUCUGCAGGGACUGCCGCAUGCUAGACCAUUUCCAGCACAAGGUAGUCUCCAUGGCAAAUGCUGUACAGCGAGAGAGGCCUUCUGUCGAGCAGCUAAUUCAGAGCCUGGAGGGAACGGUUACAUGCAUCUCUGAGCAGGAAAAAGCUGUGGAAGAGACGAUAGAUAAGUUGAAGACAUCAGGAGAGAACAUAAAAGAGAGGAUCACCAAGUAUGUGGAUGACCUUAUCUCCUACGUCCUGGCCCAGAAAGAAGCCGUGCUGGGCGAGCUGUCUGCUUUCCUGACUCAGCAAAUGGAAGGCUGUCGCCUGGUGAAAGAGGAGCUCCAGAGCCAGAGAGAGAAGGCAGUCAGCACCAAGGAGUUCUCUCAAAGGGUCCUUUCUGUGGGAAAGGACUAUGAGAUCUUACACUUGGAGGGCAUGAUAAGGAAUCGGAUUCAGGAGCUCCAGACAUAUAUCCCACGGAAACUAGAGCGCCAGAUCCCUGAAUUGACCAUAGCCUGGGAUCAGCCGGAAAUGCAGUCUGAGGCAGCACUCUUCAGUCUUGUGUUUCCCGGGGAACAGCCUGAGGGAGACACGGAAACUGUUUUUGAGCCAGCUAGCGAGGUAUCUGCCUCCCCCAGCGAGGAGUCUGAGGUUGAGCUAAACUCACCUUUGGAUUCAGAGGAGGACUCGUGUCCAAGCUCUGAAGAGAGUGCUCUUGGCACCCCUGCCAAGGACCCCUCUUAUUGUAAUAGGCACAGGAAAAGGCCUAAGCGUGUCUGCACUUUUGAGGUAGACCAGAGCUGCUCCCAAGAAAAGCCCAAUAUCACUGGCAUUGCAGUUCUGCCUCACACUGGUGGCAUUCUCCUGUUGGAUCAGGAGAAUGAUGAGAUAAAGCAGUAUGGUGCUGAUGGGCACUUGGAACAAUCAAUACCUCUGCCAGACUCGGAUGGAGUCUUUACUGGCAUUUCGCUCUGUGGAGACAUCCUGGCUUGUUCUUCAGAUUCUUUCCUGUUCUUCCUGACCCUUGAGGGCAAGUUUCUGCACAAAUUGCUUCUAAGGGGAUCAGAGUCUUCCUAUGCCAUCACCUCCUAUGAGGACUCCUAUGUUGCUGUGAGUGAGGGCACGCUCUGCUCCAUCUCCCUUUACAGCCCUUCAGGAGCCUGCGUGGGCAGGGUGGAGCCCAGAGAUUACCGUGGGGGGAAGUUCCUUUUCAUUGCUGUCAAUGCCUGGGAAGAAUUCAUUGUCUCAGACUUCAUCAAGAAGCAGAUUGUCAUCAUUGAGAGGUCUGGACUGAUUCUCAAUGUGCUGAAGACCUCCCACUCACUGCUAACAAAGCCAUUCAGCGUAUGCGUCGAUUCCGCCAGUAACAUCUUUGUGGUCGAUCAGUUGAAAGUGAUUAAAUUUUCACCAGAUGGUGAGACAGGAGAGGUAGUGUUGAGCAACCAAAGUCGGCUGAAGAGACCCCGUGUCCUUGCUGUGGAUGACAGCGGGCGCCUUGUCCUGGUGCAAGAGGAUGGUUACGUCCACAUUUACUGCUUCUAGUUUAACUCUUGAAGAGUGAGGGCCAAGAGCUCAGAGUACCUGGUUCUGGAACCUCAGAGGUGAACAGCUGUAAGGAAAUGGCAGCAGGGAAACACCUUUGCUUAAAGUGCAUUUGGUAAUUGACAUUGAUGGAUGACAGGUGCCUUUGAACCAUUUCAUUUUAAAGUAGCAUCUCUUCCCUGGCCCGUGCCUUACCUCUGCAUCAGAGGCAAGCUGAUAGAACUCCGCUUCCCACUUUCACUGUUCUGGAGUGUGUCCCAGAUUAGGGGACCUCUCAGCAUCCCCUUUGCCACCUUAGCCCAAUGAGACACUGUACACCCCCUCCUCUUUGCCCCGUCUGCGUCCUCGUUGAGCAGGAUGACCAGACAUCGCCCGGGAACCUGAAGCCUGCCAAAGGCGGUGAGAAUUUGGCUUCAGCAUUGAAAGUAUCCAGGGAACCUGACAGCCCCACAACUGUGAAAAGGCAAAAACAGCUAGAACUGUAUUGGAAGAUCUGGAGCAGAACGCGCCCAACCUUGCUGCAGCCCCGGGCUGGUCAGUGUUUCCAUGGGGAAGGAAGUGUCAGUUGGCUCAGUUCAAUGGGGGGUGCAGCCUCUUACAUUCCUCCCCUGUCUAGCCUGUUGAAUCCCAGCAGAGCAGUCUGUGCAUGAGCAGGCCUCAGCUUUUGUUUAUAUUCGGGAUACAAACUGAAGAUUCCUGUUGCAUUCCAGCUCGUCCUACUGUAUUUUACACUAAUAGAGCCCCAUGCUAUCCUUCAUGAGCCAUUUCCCAAGGUUUCUUGUUUUGCUUUAAUAAAGCCUGGUGCCAUUAUGCGUGUGGCACAUCUUGCUGAGGUGCCAGGGAGUGACUGGCACUGAGUUCUUACAGUGACAUAAAGUUGAGGGAUGUUUGCUGGAGCUUUCCCCUCUGCAGGUCAGAAUGGGAGAGCACAUUCACUGGCUUCUUAUACUGCGCUGGCAAGAAAUGUUCAGGUUCGUACAGUGAAGCUUUGUGGGUUCUAUUCAGCCAUUUGUCUUUGGGCUUUCCUUUAAUGCUUGCUGCUAAACGUAUUCUCUUACAUGGAUUCUCAGAAACCUAGCCACGUGUGUGCCAUGGAGACAUGCAUUCUCUCACCCAGUCAUGCACACACAUGUUAAUAUUCACGUGUGUGCAUACAGGCACGUCCUCACACGCCUUUGUACAUAGAAAUACACUUGUGUGCACAUAGUCCAUAUGUUUGCCAGUAGUCCCUUGUCCUCAUUUCUUUCCAAAAUCAUUGCGCCCCUUCUCUCUCCCACUCCUCCCAUUUCAUUUAACUGCCCAACUUCACUAAGAUUUGUCAUGGAGGGCCCUUUCCAAUAUUGUAGUGUCUGUGAAAAUGCUCAGUGUGCAUUGGGGAUAAAAUUGCACCCAUACCUGAUAAUUAGGGACUGUCUCCGCCUUGCUCUAGGUCUAGGAUGUCAUGCCUGCGGUAUGGAGCCCAAAAUGGCCUUGGGUUAUUUCACAUUAACUUCCAACAUGUUCAUUCUGCCUCUCCUCACCCUUGCUGCCACCUUUAUUCCAGUGUUAAACUGCCCUCCUGCCCAUUUCUCUGUUAUAGUAAUAAAAUAGCCUUUAUGUAA